CGGAAUGGCGGGAAAUAUCAGAUGCAUUCGUGUGACUCACGGUCCACUCUGUAACUCCUGAUUCCCACAGUCCGCGCUCUGCAUCUUCCGAUUCCAACAGUCUGUUGACAGAUCAUCUUGUCACCCGUACGAGAUACGAGGGCCGAAUGAUUAGGGGAAUAAAAACAUACUCCAGCUCAAGAUAGAUUCUCUCUUGAAGAGGCCAAAUCUACUGCCAAAAUUGAGCGCAUUGAAUAGAUCCGAGAUCGAUCCUUGCUUUCAGCGAAUCUCAACAGAAGAGAUGUCAUCGCAGUCUAUCCUGCCGGUGGUGGUUUUGACGUUCUAUCCACUCACUGUUCCUGAUCAGGGCGGUUUUGACAUCCCCUGCCGCAUGAUCUGCCUCAUCCGGCCGAAAACGAACUUCAGAUAAUGCCCAUCACGAAGGGGAACCCAAAUAUUUGGGUACAGGGACAGCGAAGCCCGGAGAUAGAUCUGGAUAUGAGAUACCUUCGGCGGGUGGGCGGUGAUCAGCUGUGCUUGCCGUGCGCUAGAACGGAUGAGCGUGGCGGGAAUGGCGGAUGCUGACUCGCACAAUUAGAUGCAAAACUUGUCAUCAACGCUAGCUUGCUCCCAGCUCGUCCUACGGACCGCGGACCGGGAGCGCGCUCGUGGCGAGAACAAGUGGCGAGGUGAGGAUGAAGUUGCCGAGCCGACUCGGGUGGACGGCUCUUGGAACAGAUUCGACUGGCAGACCAUCGCGAAGUGCCUUGUGCGCUCGUUGGUUUUUCCCACUUGAAAAUUACCUACAGCUCCGCUGCAGUUUUUUUCGGGACACUUCUUGUGGACGGGAGCAGUUUUGAUGCCGUCUUGUCAGAGGAGGAAAAGCUGUUUGUAAUGGAAGAAAAUAAGUGAAGCGGCGGCAAAAGGGAGACCGAGGAGCAGAAACGACGAAAAGAAUGAUACUGCGAGAAGGUCAAGCGAGUUCGGGGAUGGACCAGUGGCCUACAAGUUGUCUCGUUGUGAUGCCUCGAAGUUAGAGAUAUCGGAGGACUUAGUCCUUGUCUCAAUCUAAUGAGGGCUCACCGGUUGUGUCCGGACUUUGAAUGAACCGAGGCGGGCGGGCCCUCCUGGGGGAUCAAGUCUGUCUGCUUACAGAUGUGAUGUUCGAUGCUUGAUGUUUUGUUGGUUCAAUCAAUCUGCGUGGCGAAGUGCUCACCGCAGCCCCAGCUGUAUAUCUGUCCUCCUAGUUCGCCAGGAAUGCCACGUUUGCUGCUGGGCGGCUUACCAAUCGAAAGCAGCUGCUUUCAUCGAGCUUUAAUUAGCUUCGGAUCCAUGUGCGACCAAGCAACCGGGAGCGGAACACCCUGUGCUAUCCGAUUCCGAAAAGCAGCUGUAGUGUUCGAAUUUCUAUCCUGGGCGAUCUACAAUUGUAUUCUUUUGCUUUCCCGACACCGGAAACGGGUUUGGUGGGAACCUCGAUACCGGCGGUUUGAGCACUUAGAAUCCGCUGUCUUGAUCCAGAUCACUCCAACUUUCGAGGCAUACGUGUGCGGACCAGCGGGUCAGCUUACGGCAGACAUUGUUGGAAAACAAAGUUUCUAAGAUUGUGGGAUUGCUCAUGCUCCUGAUGCGAGUUCUGAAGCGUGGAGGUCAUAAGAUGUAGUAGGUGUCCAAGCGUAGCUACGGGACGUCUUAUCGUUGCCGGUUGCAUUAUAGUUUUGCUUCAAUUGCAUUUUUUUCGAGCGAAGUUGUGUAGUAGACAUAGCCGUAGCUCGGGUGAGAGGCGAGUUUCUACAACAAGGUGUUUGCAUUCUCAGUAGCUAUCCAUCUAAAUAUGAUCGAUCAGAAUUUCUCGGGCCGCUGAUAGUGCGACGGUUGAAGAUUGUUUUAACUCAAUCAAGAUGAUCCCUAAUGGAUGAAGAAUAGUGGGUGUAGAGAAAGAAGCACUAAAUAAUUUGAAGAUGCAGGUGACGUCCCAUGCUUGUUCAUAGGUCUACGAUAGUAAUUAUAUAACGUUCGCGCCUUGUUGGUAGAGAGGAAAUGUAGAUGGAAUCUAGAUAUAAUUUCAGCCUCAAUGUAGUCUCGUGGAUUCGGCGUUCCUUUCUGAAUCACCGAGCAUUUGACUGCAGAGUUGUUUCCCCAGUUUUAUAGAACACGAACCCGCAACUUCGUCCCUCCCACAGGAUCCAAUGGAGGACCCUUUCUGCAAUAUUCACGAGUUGCAGUACCCGAAAAGACAUGAGAAAAAAGUGUCACAUGCCUCCGCCCAGACGCUCCUGUCCAAGCUGCAGUCGUCUCGGUUGAUUGUACUAGCGUACAAAAUCUAAAGGUCCAUUGAGAAAGACGAACUAUACGGCAUCCAGAAGUAUUGCCAUUGAAUUAUAGUUCUGAAUCCCCGUCUCCUGAACGCCACAAAGAUGACAUCUUGACCUCUGAUGCUCACGAAGUGGGAUGGUUGUUGAUUUCUACUUUUGAACAAACACAUCACACUGAUCGAAUCUUUUUUAGGUUUAUGUGCAGAAGUUGGGACAUUCGGGGUGGCUCAUUGACUACAAUCUGGCAGCCUAGCCGUCUUACUUUUCGAGGAAAGUAGAAUCAGCUUUUCUGAAUCCUGAGCUUGUUCUUCAGAUUUAGGGUUGAAUAAACCAGUCCAUGCAGUCUCGCUUGCACGGUCUCAUAGGGAUUUGGACAAAUUCUAAGAGGGCUCAAUCUGGACAAGGCACUGCCCAAGUUUAAGUGAGUCUAUGACGUAGACGACGAGCCUCGCUUUCUGCUUACUGGUUGUCCUCGACUUUUACGAAUGUAUCUACGCUAUAGCUUAAGAAUCGGAAUAAAGGCCAAGUCGGAACGCCAGCUUCAGAGGAAGGGAUAGCAGAUAUGAUUGGCACGGUCUGCAGCAAGUCGUGAAUACCUCAUCGUGGCUUCCAAUGAACUGAUCUAAAUUUUCCAAGUUUCUUGGCGUGGCACUACAUUAUGAUCAUCGAGUGGUCAAAUAGUGGACUCGUUUCAGCGCACUGCUACGGCCGCCGUAAGGAAAGACCUGAUCAACGGAGAAAUAGACCUGUCGGAUUGGCAUCUUUACAAGCGCUGGCAUCCCAACUUAGAGCCUCACUCAGAUGGCUCUCGAAUUGCCGAUUUUCUCCUUUCGACAGCAUACUUUUGUAAUUCUCUGAUGGCUCCGAUCGACCUGCCGCCGCUGUUUUUUCAUAAGAACCUGCCGUGUGUAUGGACAGUAUCGACCUUAAAGAACAGGAUGGGGACAAAUGGCAUGCGUUAGUGGAUUCUUUGAGCAGAUCCUUGGAGCACCUUACCCGAACAGCUGAAGGUUAGAGCUGUAGAAACAGUAGUAUUAUAUCGUUUUUUACAAGUCCGUGGCUUGUGCGAGAUCCAUUGUUGACGACUGGAAACAGUGCAUCUCAAAGAUGCGGAGUUCUUCUCAGAUCUCUUAAAGUCCUCUUUUUAUCUGCUUCAAGGAGCACUUUAAGAGAGGAGCAACAAAGCUACAAUUGCUCAAUUCGGUUGGACUUUCUUCCGAGUGAUUCUUCAUACGGCGAGAAUGGGAGUAGAGUCGGUAGAGUACUUGAAAUAGUCUACAUGGACAGGUGUAUUAAAAUACCGUUCGAAAUUGACGAGGAUCCGACCGCGUGCUCAACGGGGCCCUGGACGACUGCCAAUUGUACGUAGACGGAUGUACAGAGGUACCGAUCUGCAAGUAAGGGUGAAAAGUCGGGUGCUAGGGGGAACUCAUGAGGUAAGGAUUGGCAUGCAUGCCCCAAUCAAGUCGGAGGGAGACUAGUCCCCAUGUCCGGUUGUUUGGAGUGAUGCGGAGAAGAUCCUGGGGGAGCUUAAAAGUAAAGGACAUCGCAGCGUUUUGUCGACCUGAUCUAGCGGCUGGGACCCUCUUCCGUUAUCGGGGGUGUACCUGCUCCCAACCCACGGCAGUGUGGGGUGGAACGUGAAGCUAGUCUGUAGGAGAAGGCCUAAGCAUCGGCUUUUCGAGGCGGCGUUUCUUUGUCGAGAAGCUGGCCUCAUCAAGUUCGACAGUUGUACAUAACACGUCACGCCCCGCACGCGAGAUGGCUCCGUCACUAGAUGUCAUGGCCAAACACGCAAGCACGCCUUCUACCACAUCAGCAAAGCUUUCGUCAUGAGAUCAACAGGUCGAUCCAGUCGGCAGUCAGCGAAAUGGAAUGCGGGAAACACCAACAGCAUUCGAUCCAAAAGAGGGAAGACACGAGUGAUCCCGAUAUACGGUUGGUAGUCACACUUACGAAACCCACUACUGCGCGGACUUCAAUGGGCGCUGGAUUUUUGUCCUUUCAGGAAAAGGAGAUACAAUAAAGACAGCACACAAGUUGAUUCCCUGGACUCUACCCCCACACUUCGACGAAAGCUUUCAACCAAUUCACCUGUCGUUGACUGAACAGAACCUCCUUGCCCACAUGAGCAGUGCCUCGCAUCCUUCGCCGCUGCCUGUGUGUCGCAGGGUGCUCCCGAGUUACGGUCACUCUACCGACUUUGCAAUUAUGCUGCGAGACCUCACCAUCAUCAGCACACGUCCUGUGCAGCAGCCGCCUCAGUCCAUUCAUCGUUCUCAUCGUUCUACUGUUUGCCCUAUGAUAUUUUAGAAAUUUGUUUAAAAUAUUCCAACUGGGAGAUUGCUCCUCAGAUGCGACUAAAUUUGGACGCAGUGUGUCAGAGUUCCGGAUUACAAACCAUAGGCCAAUGGCGCUUAUGGCCCGACCUAGGAGGUGGGAACAUACAGUUAGCAUGGGCGGAGCUGGCAGCAGAUCGUGUCAUGGAGUAAGAAGCGAUUUCGACAGUUGCACUUUGCAAUCAAGGCGAAGGACGUGCCAAUCGUCUUCAGAGUCACUGAGUUGCAGCAUAUAGAGAUAGUUUACAUAGGAGGAGGGGUCAUCCUGGCGACGGUAAGACGUUUUAAUCAAUCAGGCUUCUUUCAAAGUGGCCAAUUCCAUUUUCAGUGGAUUAUCUCCUGCAACUCAGGCCACGCACACCGCAGGACCAGCUGAGAUGUAUGUUCAACGUUGGACCGAUUACUAGUCUAUCUACAAUGUAUCCACGUAGAAAUGCGUACGUGGUGAUACGGGAUCGAGAGAUUUUUCAAUAAGAGAAGCCAUAUCUGGCUGAUACUUUAGAAUAUAUGACGUUGUGGCCUCUACGAAGGUGGCUGUUUCACACAUAGUAUAAGGCUGAGUAAGUUAUUACGGAUUUUGCAUGCGAGUCCGUGAAGUUUCAGUGAGUUGCCCUUCAAGCUACUCGAUCUACGCCGAUAUUUUAUAUGAGUAACGCCUACAUUGGUCCCCGUGUGAAAGACCUGAGCGACGAGGUCCCAUAAACCCCACUGAACCUGAGGAGGACCAAGUUUUUGCGGGACUUCGGCGGAAUGAACAUGCAUUUACCAAAAUAUUCUUGGUCUUUCACACCAAGGUUUUUUUCUCUUGAAAUAUAUAACAGUAAUCACAUAUUUCAUCCUCGAUAGCUGCUCCCAACUUGCAGUACCAUUCGUGAAUCAUAAUCUUCCCCGAGAUACACUUGGUCGCUGCUUUGUCAUGCUCUUAAAAGUAUCUGUGGACUCAGCAACGUCAACACAUGG